AUGCGAGAAAACACUCGCCACUACUUCAAAUUCAACCGUCGCAUCAUCUUCAUUUCUACCAUGCUAACAUUGGUUUUCCCUGGCUUGCUGUGGUAUGGUGCUGAAAAGUUUGCGUUUACAAUGCAACCUGCUGGCGCUGGCCGCAAAGACUCUUGGUAUGUUCCUCGUAACGGAAGACUGCAUGUAGCUAAUGAACAAAAGCCAGCAGAAUAA